UCAAAUAUAUGUGUUGCCAUGAGACAUCUAACCGUUAGAACAUAUCGGCGUUCUAUUGAACGUUUUCUGUUCGAAAACAAGGAACCUGAAUUUGCUGUUCAACAACAACAACCUUGACUGAUUUUUGAGACCUGAGAUUGAAACAUCGACUGGAAAAUGCCCGGGUGCUUUUCAACAUUGACGGAGAGAGUGCGAGGACGUCGCGGCCUACUGCGUCGACAGGUUGUUCAAAUUCAUUUGUGGCUUGUUUUUCUUGUCUUUUUCCGUUUUGCAGGGUUCGCGAUCGUCUGGAGGUGGACAGCGACAGCGACUUCGAAGAUGAAUCAACUGUACUGGAUGAGGUCCAAUUGGAUGUGCCACUGCUGCCAGUUAUCCUUCAUGUCCAGGAUGCUGCUAUCAUCCUUGAGGAUGUGCCGACUUUCCUUGAGGAGGCCACUGGUAAUUGGCAGCUGAUACUGAUUAUGUUCAGCCCCCUGUACUGUGGGCCUGUUGUGAUCAGGAACAAUGCCGGUCCGGUGGCUAAAGCCUGGAGGACUUUCCAGUUCAUCAGCCCCAUUAUCACCUACAUGCGUGGGGGAUCCCAGCAGGUGGUGGUGAGGAUGCACCAUGUGAGUAGGGUUCGAGGCCUGGAGACUCAACUGGUGUGGGCCAUCUCCAAGGAGACAGCCAGGCUUAGUCCAGAGGGCAUCCCCUACUGUGCCACCAAGGUGCAGUCUGUCACUUGGAUCCAGUAUGUGGCUGGCAGGGUGACCCAGUAUGCAUCUCACCUCCGCCACGAGACGUCUGUGGACGUGACGCUUGGCUGCUACCAGCAGACUGAUGUCUCGGUGGUGUACGCUACUCUCCACAUGGGGCUGGAUGGGCUGCUCUCCUCCUCGGCGUGGUCGGAGGCUGCCUCCGUCUCUACGCCCACCAAUCAGCAGUUCACUGAGCCAGAGCCUGAGGGCCACAACUGCUAUGAGGGCUGGGAGGAGGACCUGCUGCCUGAGGAGAGGGAGGUUCCUCUGCUAAACCUCUACCUUACCACCAAGAGAGUGGAGGACAUCGCCCUGAGGCUCGUCUCCCUGCGCCAGGCCUUCACUACACUACUUGGUUCCACCCUGAGCAGGAACCAUCUGUUUGUGGCAGGAAAGGUCCUAAUGGGCGCACUGGUUCAGGCCCACCACAUGGACGAGGCCGAAUUCAUCCGUGCCUAUAACGACUUUGUGGACUACCUGAGUGACCCCUCCAAGCAGAUUGACAUUGAGAGGGAGCUGGCUGAGGCAAAGAUCCAUCAUGUUAACCUGAUAGAUGUCCUCUUUGAACUGGUGAUGUUUGGGAUGAUGACAGCUCAGAAGUCCAUGAUGGUGCACCCUGGUGGGUUCAUGGAGCGUCUGUACGCUCUCCUGUACUCCUUCCUGCCCGCUGCUGCCAGCAUUGAGCCAAAGGCUGAGAGAUACCUGCUGCUGCUCAAUGGCGGGCUGAUGGCUCUGCUAGAUGACAUGUUUGGGCAGCAGCUGGCCUGGUACUUUAACCCAGAGUCUCUGGUCACUGAGCUCUCCAGCCUCCUGGAGUACCACCUGGAGAACCUCAUGGCCAGCAUGUAGUCCUGCUGCAGAGAUCUGAAAGACCACACUUCUCUCUGUCCGUCCAUCUCUCUCUCUCUCCAUCUCUCUCCAUCUCUCUCUCUCUCCGUCCAUCUCUCUCUCCGUCCAUCUCUCUCUCUGUCCAU